AUGGCAGAAGAGCACCGAUGCCAAGCGCCCGAAGGUCUCCGUCUCUGCGCGAACAACUGCGGCUUCUUCGGCAGCCCAGCCACCAUGAACCUCUGCUCUAAAUGCUACCGGGACUUUUGCCUCAAGGAGCAACAAGAGGCCUCGAUCAAAUCCACAGUCGAAGCCUCUCUCUCCGCCUCUUCUUCCUCCUCUGUCUCUGCUCCUUCUUCUUCAUCGACUUCCUCUUCCUUUUCUCCGGUGAUCGAGACCCUCUGUCAGCCUCCUCCUCCGGCGUUGACCUUGCCGGAGGUGGCCGGAGACGUAGUCGGACACAGCGCCGGAGAUGUCCGGCCUCCUGAGGUGGUUGCGGUGGUCUCGCAGCCGAACCGGUGCUCCGUUUGCAGGAAACGAGUCGGGCUGACCGGGUUCAAAUGCAGGUGCGGGACCACAUUCUGUGGGGUCCACAGGUACCCGGAGAAGCACGCGUGUUCGUUCGAUUUCAAGACGCUUGGGAGAGAGGAGAUCGCCAGAAGCAACCCCUUGGUCAUAGCCGAGAAGCUCGAGAAGAUAUGA